AUGGCGUCUCGAUUCGGCGGCUCCAAGCUGUUUGGCUUAAUCAGGAGGAUUGGCACAAGCCGAACGACAAAAGUUACAGCUAUUGUUGGCACAACUCUUGGCGGAUUAUAUUAUUUGGACCUUUGGAAUGAAAAUAACUUCAAGAAUGAAAUGGUAUGUGAUUUUUGGUUUUUUUCUGUUUUUAGGUAACAACGUGAACUUGCUAUCUAAAAAGCGGCAGGGAAUUUUGGAUGUCUUUAUUGUUGUACUGCUGAAAUUUGUAUAUGUUUUAAUAUUUUAGCAAAAGUACUUUCGUAUUGCCUUUGCUGAUUCACAAAUCCGGGCCGAACUCAAUAAACGUCCAUCUGGGGCGUUGCCUACCAGGAAUGAGUUGUUGGCCGGUUUGAAAGAAGACGAAUUUGAUGUCUUGGUUAUUGGUGGCGGUGCAACCGGUGCUGGUGUCGCUUUGGAUGCGACUACAAGAGGUUUGAAAACCGCAUUGGUCGAGUUGGACGACUUUUCGUCUGGCACCAGUUCAAGAUCGACCAAACUUAUUCAUGGUGGUGUUCGUUAUCUUCAAGCAGCUAUUUUUGGAUUGGAUUUGGAACAGUACAGGAUGGUCAAGGAAGCUCUGUUCGAAAGGCAUAAUUUACUGGAGAUUGCUCCACAUCUUUCCUAUCCUUUGCCUAUUAUGAUCCCUGUUUACAAGCAAGUUGCAUUAUAGUUUUUUAAUAUGUUAAACUUUUUUAUUGUUGUUACGACAUGUGAAACUCCUGCAUAUUUACUUUAAUUUCCUUUUUUUUUCAGAUACUGGCAGGUACCUUACUACUACGCUGGAAUUAAAGCCUACGAUUUGGUAUCAGGACGUCGAGUUCUGAAGCAUUCAUAUUUCAUCGGAAAAGACACUUCACUGGAAAGAUUUCCUAUGUUAAAGAAAGAACAACUAAAAGGAUCUCUGGUUUACUACGAUGGUGCUCACAAUGACGCUCGUAUGAACUUGGCUAUCAUUUUGACUGCCAUCAGACAUGGAGCCAAGGCCGUGAACCACGUGAAAGUUGAACAACUUCUUAAGAAUUCGGAAGGGAAAUUGGUCGGAGCUCGUGUUAAGGAUCAGGUACGGUUGAAACGUAUAGAUAAUAUGACAUUUUAAAACUAUAAUACGUACUUUUAAACUUUUAGAUCAGUGGUGCUGAAUGGGACGUAAAAGCUAAGACUAUCGUAAAUGCAACAGGCCCCUUCACGGAUUCAAUGAGAGUGAUGGCUGACCCCGAGGUCAAACCUAUUUGUGUACCAUCAGCCGGUGUUCACGUCGUUCUACCUGGUUAUUAUACGUGAGUGUUUUAGUUAAUUUGGUCAACAUUCGGGUAGCUAUAUUUUUUAUAAAUUAGAUUUACAUUAAAUUUUUUAAUUUGAAAGAAUUUAUCGUUUCAUUGCUUUUAGUCCUAGCGGAUUUGGACUUCUGGACCCUCAAACUAGUGACGGCCGUGUUAUCUUCUUCUUGCCAUGGCAAAAAAUGACUGUAGCUGGAACCACUGACGCCAGUGCCGAGCUAACUUUCCACCCUGCCCCCAAAAAUCAAGAUAUUGAAUUUAUUUUGGGCGAAAUCCGCCGAUACUUGUCGAAAGAUGUCUCUAUUCGUCGUGGUGACGUUAUGUCAGCAUGGAGCGGUCUUCGGCCACUCGUCCGUGAUCCAAACAAGACCAGCACCGCAACACUGGCCCGUAAUCAUAUUAUUGAAGUGGGAAAGAGCGGAUUGAUCACGAUUGCCGGUGGAAAAUGGACAACUUAUAGACAUAUGGCCGAAGAAACGGUUGACACAUUAAUCAAAACUCAUGGAUUAACUCCAAGGAAUGGAUGUGUUACUCCAGGUAUGGUUUACUUUUGCGCAAAAAUAAAAUAUUUAUCGUCUUUAUGUGUAAAACUGAAUUUUAGGUCUAAUGUUGGAAGGAGCUCACAACUGGGACCCACUUCUCUACAUUCAUCUGGUACAGGAUUACGGUAUCGACACAGACAUUGCCCAGCACUUGGCCAACACCUACGGAGACAGGGCAUUCGUCGUGGCCAGAAUGUGCAAAAUGACCGGUAAACGAUGGCCAAUCGUAGGCUCUCGACUUCACGAAGAAUUCCCAUACCUGGAUGCGGAAGUACGGUACGCCGUGAAAGAGUACGCAUGCACGGCGGUCGAUGUUAUUGCCAGACGGCUGCGGUUAGCCUUCUUGAACACAUACGCCGCCCACGAAGUGUUGGACCGAGUUGUCCACAUCAUGGGAGAAGAGCUGAAAUGGAGCAGUGCGGAACAAAGAGUAAGUCUUAGGCUAGUUUUGUACUGUGUUGUAUUUGGUUGUUAGUUGACAGGUUUGAUAACAACUUUUUAUUAAUUGACAAUUUUAGCGUCAACUGGAUGUAGCCCGCAACUUUGUUGACCGUGAAAUGGGACAAGAAGCUCGAGCCCAAUCCAUGAACGAAAUCACCUUGAAUUUGACUAGAGAGGAGAUGCAAGCGGCCAAAGAACGAUUCAACUUACUCGACAGAGACCGCAAAGGACAUAUUACUGUCAAUGACAUCCGUCGACACUUUAGAGUAUGUCAUAUUUAUACUUAAUAUGUAUACUAUGAUAAUUGUUAUUAGUAAUGUUUUGAAUAGUACUAUAUCCAGGGUCGUACAUGGGAUUGCUUCCCCCCCCCCACGCAGUUUCUUUAUUUGUUACUGUCUUGCAUAGUGUAUUAUUACUCUUUUAGUAGUCAGUAAACGCACUAAUUGUUAUGCAUUAACAUUUUAUUUGUUGAUUUCAGGAGAACAACAGCAAAAUUGAUGAACGUCUACUUCACGAUCUUCUAAACGAAGUUGACAUGAACAAAAACGGUGAACUCGAACUUUCCGAAUUCUUCCAGGUAUGUUUUUACAGUUACUGUUAUUAUUAUAUAUGGAUGACAUGUUUUAUGUCGCCGGUUUUUAAUCGUGGUGUAAUUUAUUAUUUUUCAGCUUUAUUCUGGCCUGAAAGGCGGUCAAAUCACGCAAAACCGCCUGGUACGAUACCUGGACGAACUCAGCACGCCAGACGUCACCCGAUCCGGUGGAGGUGUUUAA